GAGGGCUCUGAUACUGAAUCUCGUAGUAAGAAGAUUUGUUCUCCGAGUAGUAGUCCUCCCCCGCCUUCUGCUACACCUAACAGGCGUGGGCGUGCAAGGCAGCAGGUCGACAGCGCCAAAGAGUUUGACCGCGGUACCAAAGGCUCGAGCACUCGGCAGCUCUGGAGCCCAGUCACCGGUGGUCUCCCAAGACCUGCUCAAGCCGCGCCCCAGGGGUCGGGUCAGCGGUCAGGCCCACGAUCUAGGCAGCCACGCGGGAGAGCUGCCCAGCAUGAAAUGGAGCAGCCUGAUCCUGAGCCGGGCCCGUCGGCACAGCCGGACACAGAAGAUGCCUGGGAAGAGGAUCCGUCCGUAACACAGAUGAUUCGCCAGCCUGAGACCAGGCCCAUUUCCCAGGAGCAGCUCGUCGCCGAGGUAAAGGGCAUCUAUGCCGGGCUUGUCAUGGUGGAAAGCAAAUGCAUCGAAGUCGACAACGCCCAGUCAGCGAACAAGGACUCGCCGCAGCAGCUGAACAACGAGCAGUGGCAGGCUUUGAUUGCUCUUCAUCGCACUCUGCUUCACGAGCAUCACGACUUCUUCCUGGCGAGUCAGCAUCCGUCUGCCAGUCCAGCGCUGCGACGGCUGGCCUCCAAGUAUGCCAUGCCUGCGCGCAUGUGGCGCCAUGGAAUCCACUCAUUUCUCGAGCUCCUCAGACAUAGGUUGCCUCUGUCCCUCGAACACAUGCUCACCUUCAUCUACAUCGCCUACAGCAUGAUGGCGCUUCUUUACGAGACAGUGCCGGCGUUUGAAGACACGUGGAUUGAAUGCCUUGGAGAUCUGGGCAGAUAUCGCAUGGCUAUCGAAGACGACGAUAUCAGAGACCGCGAAACUUGGACGGCCGUUUCUCGAUACUGGUACUCCAAAGCCUCGGACAAGCUGCCCACCACGGGCCGCCUGUAUCACCACCUCGCUAUUCUCGCUCGCCCCAAUGCGCUCCAGCAGACUUAUUACUAUACCAAGUCGCUGUGCGUCCCGAUACCGUUUCUGAGCGCCAGGGAGAGCGUCAUGACCUUGUUUGACCCGGUGUUGAGCUCAGGGCCUCCCCGGUUGGAGCCGGUCGACCUCGCCUUUGUGCGCAUACUCGCAAUCUUCUUCUGUGGUAAAGAAAAGGACCUUUUGGGAACUUCCUGCAGGCAAUUUUUGAGCCUUCUAGAUGGGCAUAUUGCCCGUAUGACCAAGGCUUGGCUUGAAGCCGGCUAUUACAUGGGCAUCUCUAUUUCCUGCUCCCUCCUUGGCUUCGGAAGUGACUCCAAUGUCUUGAAGAGCGCCAUUGUCCCUAAGCGAUCGGAUGAAAUGGAUGUUGCUAGUGAAACUGCUCCGCUGGAAGCCGUCCCGACAACAACUUUUCAUCAAUCCCUCUCGCUGGCUGUGCAAACGCUCCAGAUCGUUAUUGAGCGGUGGGGGGAUAUGAAUAUAUUGCCCUUUAUUCACACGCAGAUGGUAUUUAUACAUCAUCUAUCAAAGUUCCCCUCUGCGAUGAAGCAUAUCGAGCAAAAAUAUCCCUGGAAGCUCAUCUCAAAGAUGCUUAACUAUCUGAAAAGGUCGUGCAAGUUUGAGCCUCGCAUGGACAGCGAGGUGUUUCCCGGAGCAGAGAACCAGGAUCACUACCGACCACUUCCGGAAGAUUAUGCCAUGCGAGGCCUGAUUUACACGGAAGAGUAUUUUCCACUCAAGUGGUUCGCGGGCGAGGCUGUUGAAGAGGACGAGAAGUACUUUGAACAGGCUUCGAUGGUGGACGUCAGAAAGGAGAGAAUUCUGUGGAUUGGACGACAAAUUGCUUCACAGGGCAAAUGGAUCAUUUGGAAGGAGGAGAGUGCAACGUUCGACGUGCCCGCCGAGUAUGACGUGGAG